UCUCUGCCUCUACCCAGCAUCGUUUAGGCGUUCCUCCCCUCCCAGCAGCUCAAGGUGUGUCAUUUAGGCAGAGCCGUCUCUGCAUUCUGCCGCCACUCCUUGCUGUCCCAACCACCACACAAGGCUUCCUGCUCUACAAAGAGGAGCAGCUAGACAGAAGACCUACCCCCUACCUAGAGGGCUGAGGAAGGAGCAAAGGUAGAGAAAAGCCAAUUCAUCCCCCUGCGCAAUGGAAACAAUGUGUGCAGCGAGGACAAACGGCACAGCCGGGAAGCAAGAAGAUGUGAUGUGCCCAUCCGCCCCUAAGAAAGACGCAGAGGAGCUGAAGAAAUCCACCAGCCCGGGCGGGAUUGAGAAGGAAGGUGCCAAAAGCACCGGCAGCUCUUCUCUGGAGACGGGGCAACUGAAGAACUCCCUCUACAUGGGGAGCGACUGGAAGAGGCCAAUCAUCCAGUUUGUGGAUUCGGACGAGAAGAAGUCGAGCUACUUCAGCAUGGAUUCCGGGGACGGGAAGAAGCUAUCGUACCCCGGGGUACAGCUUGGGGAUGUGAGGAAGCCCGUCAUCUCGUUUACAGACAAAGGGGACGUGAGGAAGCCGCUUUUCUCUUCAGAGUCGAAAAAGACCUUCUUCACCAGUGAAGGAGAGGGCAGGAGGUCGUUGUACUCUGGUGGACAGGUAGGGGACCUGAAGAAGCCCUCUCUGCCUCUAGUGGAGACAGGGGACCUGAGGAGACCCAGCUACAACACGGCCAACAGAGCACCCGUGUAUCGACCCCGGGUGAAGCUGGAGGAGGUCUUGUGUGACUCCUGCAUUGACAAUAAGCAGAAGGCGGUGAAAUCCUGCCUGGUAUGUCAGGCUUCCUUCUGCGACCUGCACCUCAAGCCCCACCUGGAAGGGGCUGCUUUCCGGGACCACCAGCUGCUGGACCCCAUCAAGGACUUUGAAGCCAGGAAGUGCCCGUUGCACGGCAAGACCAUGGAGCUGUUCUGCCAGACAGACCAGAUGUGCAUCUGUUAUCUCUGCAUGUUCCAGGAGCACAAGAACCACACCACGGUGACGGUGGAGGUUGAGAAGACGGGGAAAGAGGCCGAGCUCUCCCUGCAGAAAGAGCAGCUGCAGCUGAAAAUCGUGGAAGUGGAGGAUGAAGUGGAAAAGUGGCACAAGGAGAAGGAUCGCAUCAAGAACUUCACCACCAACGAGAAAGCCACUGUGGAGCAGCACUUCAAAGAGCUGAUCCGGGACCUGGAAAAGCAGCGGGAAGAGGUGAAGGUUGCCCUGGACCAGAGAGAAAAACACGCAGUGGAGAACAUAAAAGAAAUUGUGGAGGAGCUAGAAGAGAGGGCAAAGCUACUGCAAGAGGACAAGGAAACCAGGGACCAGAUACAUCAGAUCAGUGACUCGGUGCUCUUCCUGCAGGAAUUUGGAGCCAUGAUGAGGAACUACACGGCUCCUCCCUCCCUCCCGACUUACAGCGUCUUGCUGGAAGGCGACUGCAUGAGCCCGUCCAUGGGGCUCCUCCGGGACGACCUGCUCAACGUCUGCAUGAGGCACGUGGAGAAGGUCUGCAAGGGCGACCUCAGCCGGAACUUCAUAGAGAGGAAUCACAUGGAGAAUGGGGAUAACCGCUACAUGCUCAACAACUACGAGUGGAGCCAGCCGGACAGCCUGAAGAGAUUCUCCAUGUACAUGACUCCAAAAGCCAAUUUCAACACCCGAGCGUGGGAAUAUUCCUCCUUCCAAAGUGCAGACGACGCACUUGGCAUGGGCAACUCUUUCUCAAUGAAAGUGAGCAAUGGAACUAAGCUGCCGUAUCAGUUCUCCCCAAUGGGGCAGAGUUCACCGGGUGACUUCAGCAAACAGUCCGAUGGCAGCCUGUUCACUAAGAGUGCUUACCCCGCAAUCGUGAGACACCAAACUACAAAGGUGCAGCCGCAGACAUGGAAAUCCUCCAAGCAAUCCAUACUGACACACCAUCGCCCCUUUUACGUCAACAAAGGCAACGGAAUCAUUUCGCACGAGGCACCUUGAGUCCCAAGGUCCGUGGGAAAAGCCAGAUGUGCCAGGAGUGGAGACCCAACCACGAAAUUCAUAGAUGAACCUGCUACGCUCUUAACCUUCCCGCUGUAGUCUCUGGAGGGGCUGGAUGGGGUGGUUGGUGCCAGAGGAAACGAGGACUUUUCCCGACUCAGAAUCACUCCCAAGACCAUUUUAUAUUUCCCUUGAAAGCUCCGCAGCCCCAAAGAACUGUAAAAAGCACAGCCCCUGUAGCCUUUGUAGUCCCCGUCUUGCAACACCCUCCUCUGCCGGCCGAGCCGAUUGCUCUGCUUCUCGGUGCUUUGGGGAUCUGGGAUGGGAGGCACUGGUCUUUUCCUCUGCGCAGCAUCAUACGAUGGGCUUCCUGCUCUCCCAACCCACACAGUCGUCUCUGAGAGAAUUUCUAGAGCUGGUGACAGGUGCCAAGUUGGAGUCUGAUAUUCUCUGUGAAUCUACAAGGCAGGGUCACCUUGGGAACUGGCAGGCCAAGCUUUGCCUAUGCGCCUCUAUCCAUACGGCUCAAUCUGCCAGGAGCCUCAUCCUCCACAAGUGGGAAGGGUGGAUCUGUCUCUGUGACCCAUUCAGUCCUUGGCCUCUCUGUGGAGAUGCUCUUCCAUAGAUUGCCACAUGGGAGACAUCACCAGGGCCUAAGCACUGCUCUGAGAAAGGCCACCAAAGCAGCAUCAGAGAGUAACCCCUUCCAGUCAUUCCUCCCCGGGCUGGCUGCCAAAGGCCCUACAUUCCAUUAACGCGCCCCUCCGGCCUCCUCAUCAAAUGAAAAAAGGAACAGAAAAUCCAUCCGGCUAAUGGAAGAUUGAUUAGGCUUCUUAGGUGGCCCCCCGGCCCUCGGCAAAACUGGCUCAUGUAUUUUGGUGCCGUUUUUCUUCUCUGGUUCAGGAAUUUAUUUUUUGGCUCAGGUUCAUAUUUCAAGGGGGAGGGUUCUGACCAUACCAUGGUGUCACGGGGCAGCACUCCCCUCUCACGAGCGCCCUCCACUCUUGCCUGUUCAAAGCCAAAAGGCUCUUUGGCAACUCAGCCCCCUCUGGGAGAGUCACCCCCCCAUGUGUGAUCAAGCACGAAUCUCUUCCGGGUACACACUUAACAGGGCCCCAUCUCAGUGCCCUCUGCUAGCAUCCCUCAAGCUACCCGCUGCCCACUCUGUUCAAGAGUGAUGCCUCCAGGGCUUCAUCUCUUGGAGACAACUUCCUUUGCCUUACUGUAGGGCUUUAUUUCACAGCCUCAAUAUAGUCCACCACAGCUCUCCAGAUAGAGGUCUCCGUGGUGCUGCCCAUCCUCCCCUCAGCCACGAACCCUCUCUUCACUCUGAGAUUUCUAGCAGCACUGAGCUGACUCUGGUCCCGCAACUCCUUUUAUAGACCUUCUUGGCCUCUGAGUGGCUGGUUCCUCCUAUAGCCACUCUAGCCUGCCUGGAGGAUCUCUCUAUGGUUCUUUUCUGAGGUGGGAUUUGACAAGGCCCCAAGCCUCCAGCAUGGGGUUUUGAGGCCUACUACAACCUGUCACACCAUCAGAAACCAGGGCAGAGACCUUACGUGUUUCAAUGAUCCAACUUAAUUUUUCCCCUGGGCAAUGGAGUGGAGUUGUUGUUGACUUCAAAAUCUCGAAGCGCACCAGAGCUUGCUGCUGCCCAUAAGUUCAGUGCCUAUCAAAGUUGCUGCUGCAGAGCCAAGAAGCGAGUGCUUGUAGCUACUUUCUGUGGCUUGUUCGGUUCACGUCUUCCUCGGAUUUGCAACUAGCCCACCCUCUCUCUCUGCACCUGGCCUGCUCUCACACGCUUGCAGCAUCUGGCUGAAUGAGGUCACACCUAUUGCUGGGUGAAAAUUACUUUACAGUUAAUCCCCAACGCAAAGUUGUGUGCUGUUUUUUGCAUCCAAUUCCUCAGACAAAACUUCUGAGUCUGAAAGAUGGCUGCCUCCUCUUUGAGAUCCAUGUUUUAAAGAAAAUCAAGGUGCUGCGGGUGGGGUUGGGCUCCGUUAUUUGCUUUGGAAAAUUUAAGCUACAGUUGUGUGCGUGCGUGCGUGCAAGAUACUAAAAUAAGCUACGGCACUGGCUGCUACUUUAAGUCAUAGGGGAUUGGGACACAGGUUCUGAAGUCAUGGACCCAGGGAAACAAUAUGUGGUAAUAUAAUAUAUUCAGCAACUGUUAAUACAAACCACAGAGGGGAAGGGUGACGAUGCACUGACUAGUUACUAGUGAUGGGGUCAUUUAGAAAGAGGAUUUCUUUGGCUUCUGCUCCAAAUACAUCCCCAAUUGCCUA